AUUUUAGCAAAUAGGAAUAUUGUUAAAAUUUUACACAGAUUUAUUGAAUGAUUACUUAAGAGUGUUAUGUGUUUUGUCCAAUUCGUGGUGCGAUUCUAAUUUGGUUGCACUAGUUCGUCUUGCCAUCUAUCUAGUUACAGUUGUAAAAUUCGAAAUUUGUUUUUAUGUUAUGUGCAACCGUGUGUAAUGAGUUAGGCUAGAAAUCCCUCAAUUUUAUGUAGUAUCCUUUUGCGAUCAUGAAAUCAAGUAAGCGUAGACUUCAAGCGCUUACUGAGAGCUCCGAUGGAAUGCCAAAUUAUCUUAAAAUGGAAGACUCCGAAACAUCUAUACCUCCCGUUUUCAGGUCUCGGUUACAUGAACUUUUUUCACAAAUAGAAAAAGAGUUUGACCUUUUAUACACUGAAAACCUGAACUUGCAAGAGAAAAUAGACAUACUUAGUGAGAAACUGGAACGUGAAAGUUAUGUUGGAGAUAAACAAAACAUUGACUACAUUGAGUUUGAAACUACAGGAAAGAGUUCUAAAGUAAAAUUGUCUCAAAACAAUUCUCAAAAGGUGAAGACAAGUCACAAAUUGAAGGUUCAAACUAGUAAGAUAGUAUCUAGUUUUAAGGCACCUACAUACAAUUGCCAGCUGGUUCGGGAGUUUACGGGACAUAAGGAUGGGAUUUGGGAUCUUUCUACUGCUCGUCCUGGCCAGGCUUUGAUUGGGACUGCCUCUGCAGAUCAUACAGCUUGUGUAUGGAGUGUGGAAUGGGGCAAGUGUCUUCUUCAAUACACUGGCCACUCGGGUUCUGUGAACUCCAUUCGUUUUCACCCAAAUCGAGAUAUUGCACUUACAAGUAGUGGUGACAACACUGCACAUGUGUGGCAAGCUGCUGUUAAUUGGGAUUUACCGCGUGGCCAGUCUUCGGAAGAGGAAUUAGAAGGGGGAGGAGAAGAAAGUUUAGGAGACAGCGAUAGACCAGAAGUGCUUCGGACACCACUUACAGAACUUACUGGUCAUUUAGGCGUUGUAGUCGCCGCGGAUUGGUUACCAGGUGGUGACCACGUCAUCACCGCGUCUUGGGAUAGAACAGCUAAUUUGUAUGAUGUUGAGACUGGAGACUGUUUGCAGAUACUAACAGGUCACGAUCACGAGUUAACGCACGCGUCCGCCCACCACAAUUCGCGCCUCGUGGUGACCGCUUCUCGAGACACCACCUUCCGUCUGUGGGACUUCCGCGAGCCGAUACACUCUGUCUCGGUUUUCCAAGGGCACACUGAGAGUGUAACAUCUGCAGUGUUUACGCGCGAAGACAAAGUUGUCUCCGGAUCGGAUGAUCGAUCAGUAAAGGUAUGGGAUGUACGUAACAUGCGUUCCGCACUGGCAACGAUUCGCUCUGACUCCUCGGUAAACCGCGUGGGAGUGAGCGGGAAUGGCCUGAUAGCAAUCCCUCACGAUAACCGCCAAGUGAGGAUCUUCGACUUGCAAGGGCAGCGUUUGGCGAGAUUGCCCCGGUCCAGCCGACAGGGUCACCGUCGAAUGGUAACGUCAGUGACAUGGGCUGAAGACAUAGCAUCCAGCAUCAACUUCUUCAGCUGCGGUUUCGACCGUCGCAUCCUCGGCUGGUCCAUCCAACCUUCCAAGGACAACUGAAUCUCUACCUUACGGGCCUACAAGGCAACGAAGCCCCGAAGCAGUCGUGGAAUUACAUAUCUCUUAAGCAGAUCGGACGUUGACGUCAGAAACUCGUUUUGUAUAUAUAUUUUAGUAGUAAGUAUAAUUGGAAUAUUUUUAAUUUUUGAGUUGAAGUUUAAAAUAAUAAGGUUGUAAGUAAAUAUCGGUGCCAAUUCUAUUGCACACAAGUGACACUAAACUACAGCUAAAAUAAGUGCUAUACUUUUCUAAAUGAAUAUUCCGAAAAAGGCAGCACUACCUUUAUUUCUGGCAAUCUAGUUUCAGUCUAGAUUUUUAUACAACAGAAUUGGCACUAUUAUUUAUUCAGGUUAAACAUAAAAUAUCUUUUAGGUAUUAUGGUGUGGUUUUGAGUUGAUUUAAAAACAAAACUAUAUUUUAGUACAUUUUAUUAAUGCAUUUGUGAAUAGUAGCAGAACAAAAAACAAUUUUUCAGUGAUAAUAAGAUGUUAUUAGUAAAUAUUACUUUGUGAUAGAAUUAAUAUUCCUACCUAAUAUACUGCCUGUAUUCUAUAAUGUGAUCUGCGUGAUAAGAUAAUAGACGUUGUUGUAAAGUCAGUUGUACAACCAUCCUAAGAAGCGAUACGUGUUUUUAUUGGGAUCAGUAUGGUUUACAUUACAUGUACAGGGUCGGUACAUUCCCACACACGUGAUAUUUGUUUCUCAUUCGCACACUAUUCGCACGACGCAUAUUGAGUGAAAGAGAAAGCACUACAUCGGCCGUAUUAACUCACUUUACUCUCCAUUGCCUUUGGUCAUUUAAGGUUUAUUUAAAAUUAGACAUGCAUUAAAAAUGACAAGAGAUUUUCAUUCUACCUAAAUAGACCUUUAUUAUUUAUCCAUUUAGUAUUUAUCCAUUGGUCGUUACGAUUGACUUCUGGAGGUGUUAUCUAUAGGAUAUUAUCCCUUAACGCGAAAUUUGUUGAGAUUUCGGCGGGCCCUCUCCCAAUUUAGCAUUCGGAAAUGGUAUUUAUUCGGGAGGUCCUAAUUAAACUGACAGCUGUAAUGUGACAAGAAACGUCUAAAAUAUGUAAAACAGUUGCUUUGAAUUGUUUAGUUUAUAAUAUUUACAAUUGAUUUUGCACAUUUUUGAUAUAAUAAUUCAUUACUAAUCUUAUAUAAUUUGCACAAAAUCUUAGGAAAGUGUUGUUAUGGAAAAAAUAUUAUUGUUGGAUUUUAGAAGUUUACUUAUAAUUAAGGUUUGAUUAUUUAUAAUGUGCUAGUUUGGUAUCAUGGUAGUAUGUAGUUAUAAGCAAUUUAAUGUUUAAAAGAUGUAUUUGGAGUAUGUAUAAACAACUUAAUAUUUAACGUGACCUUGAAGAAAUAUGUUCUUAUUUUUAUUUCAAAAUAGCGGCCACGCAAAUUACACGUACGAAUCAAUACAAACAAUUAUUUUAUUAGAGUAAAUCAUAUAGACAUUAGCGUUAAUUUUUCGAAAUAACUAACACAAAUAAAUAAAUUAAGUCCAUCUGAACACUAAAACCUAAUCCUUUAAAUUUUAUUCUAGAAUAUUAGAUACAGUAAAUACUACCUAAAACUUAUAAAAUAGUCAAAAAAAUCUCGUGAAAAUCGAACCCUCAAACCAUCUUUCGAAAGUUGUAGAUUGGUGAAACGCAAUGUUUUAAAAAAAACUGAUCCUGUAUAUGUAUAUAUUACGGUUAAAAAUAGGCAUAGUUAUUAAUCGUAUUACAAAUAGAAUAAAGAACUAACAAAUAUUUUUUAAUUCCUAAAGCAUUUUGAAUAAUAUGUCUUCUGUUAAUUAUUUUCAACAAGAAAUCGUCACUGGCAGCAUUGAGCUCAAAGCGUCGAUUGCUUCCCAACAUUCAAGUUUGGUAUGAGAUGAUAGUUUGCAAAAAAAUUACAGCAUAAGCCUGUUAGUGUUAUCACAUAUUAAAAAUAAUAUCUUAGCAUCACAUAAUAUUAUAAAACAUAUCUUUAGAUAUACCAGUGGGUAACAUAUUAUUGUUUUGUAUAAAACACUUUUUCCUAGUCAGGUAUGCUAAUGAAAGCUAACAUGUAAAAUAUUUAGAUGGGUCUGAUGGUUGCUAAUAAUUAGUGUAGAUACAGUAUAUAAGAAAUACAGGGAUAAAUAAAAAAUACAAGGAAGCUUUCCGCGUGGAAGUAGUUUACAUUCACACUAACAACUUUUGUUCUACAACAUUUUCUUUUUACUCAAUAGUUUAUGAAAUAUUAAUUAAGAUACUCUACUUGUCACAAAUCUGUAAUGUUGUAUCGGUAACAGCGGGCGUACCACGGGUCUAUCGUGCGUGCUUGCAGCGGUUUAGCAACAGGGACAUGUAUUUGGUUUCACAGCGUAAUGUCACAUUACCGAAAUAACAUGAUUCAUGAAACUGAGUUUUGAAAAGUCGCAGAACUAAAGUUGUUAGUAUUCAUGAUAGGAACUACAUGGCCGAGUGCUUUCUGGUAUUUUUUAUUUAACCCUGUACACUCCUUUGCAAUUAAAACGGGCACUUUUGAUUUAUAUGAGAAAUAGAUUUGAUGCAACAAAAUAAAAUAAAUAUUAUUUUCUAAUGUAAAAGCACUUCAGUUUGGUAAUUAAGUCUAUCUUAAUUUGUUUUAUUUUGAUUUUUAGGAAAUUACUGAUUUUUACCAAAAAAAAUUAAUUACUGCAAUUGACUUUCUCCUUUAUUUACUAAAAAUUACAAACAAUAACACAAAAAAAUAGUAUCGAGUGUGGCUUCCUAUGGCAAAAAUAACUGCUGCAUAAUAUAGCAAUUUAAAGCGCUACCAUGUUCUGUGAGGCAGGGUGUACAGCUCUAACAGUACUUUACAACGUCGGUCCUCAACAAAUAAAGAGAUUCUGGCUUUAUCUGAAAAUAAAACCUUGCUCUAUUCUACAUCGGUCCAUGUCGCACAAUUUUGAGAAAAUCUUUACCUUGCAAUACGCACCGUAUUACCACGGAGUAAUUUAGGACUCCUAGCUGGUCUUCGACAGUGGAUAUAUAUCAACUUCUAGAAGUUUCCUCCUUACAGUCCAUACGCUAACACUCACAUUUCUACCAUCUUCAAAAUUGUUUUUGAUGUUAUUGUUGAUACUUUCCAAUUUCGUAAAGCUCGCCUCACAAUAUAUCGACUGUCUCUGGGCUCAGUACAUCAUUUUUCUUACUGAUAAAGGUUUUGUUUUCAAAGAACUGGUUUCUUAAAACCUAGUCGGACUACGACCAAACCGUUCAGAUACAUAACAUUGAAGAUAAUCUAAAGUGUUUCUUCUUCUUCUUUUGAUUUAUGGCCAAUUUGAAUUAAUUGAAUGCAAACAAAACCUCUUUUUUAAGAUUUCCGUAGUUGUAUUGUACAGAAAAGCUUUGGGUGCCAGUUUUUAAUGCAAAUGAGUUUAUAUAUAUAAGAUGACGUCAUCGUUUAUCAGGUGUUUUGAUUUUUAUAAAGUUUAAUUGCUUCUUUAGCCCUAUUAAUUAUUUACCAAAGAACAAUUUCUUAAUAAUGUUAAAAUGUUUUGUCUAUAUAGCUUGAGGCUUGGUAUAGGUUUCCUUAGAUAUUCAAGCUUAUUAUGUGCCUAACAUAUGCGUUGUUUUAAUAUACCUAGCAAUUAAUUAGUUUUGCAGGUUUCCUUUAUGUUAAUUAUUUUUAAACUUGUCAGGGUGUGGUUGAUAGAUUCUAUUUUAAUUAUCAUAUCUUUAUAAACUGUGCAUGUACUUAUUAAAUUAGGAUUAAAUAUACAAAAUUUUAAAUGUAUUAACUGUUACCCCAAUCUCCCUGUACUAUGGUUCAUAAAUCUCUGUAAAAGAAUAAAUAAAAUUAUAUUUCAUA